AAACCACUAUCACAAAAUCCCAGAUCUCCCCUGGAGACAAGGAUAAGAUCAAAGAUCCACACCCCUCAAGCCCAAUCUCCGCACUUCCCCAAUUAAAUACCCCGCGAGAUAAAGAUAACUAACCCCAUGUAACCCUCCCUCAUUGAUCAUAUAUCAGGUCCCGAUCUACUUUAAUCAGAAUCCGGAACACAAUUCCAAUCCCAAUCCCAACCCAAAACAUAAAAUACUACAUACUCCCAAAAUGCCAACCGUAAUCCUCGGCGGGGGAAUCAUCGGCUCCGCAACAGCCUAUUACCUAUCUGAGACCCAUCCAGCAGAAGAUAUUCAUAUCAUUGAAUCUUCAUCGGAACUAUUCAGCUCUGCGUCUGGAUAUGCGGCUGGGUUCUUGGCUAGGGAUUGGUUUGGGCAGGACGUUGCUUCUUUAGGUGAGCUUUCGUUUGGGCUGCAUGAGAGUUUGGCUGUUGAAUAUGGUGGGGUGGAGAUAUGGGGCUAUAUGAAAGGAACGGCAUUGAGCUAUGAUGCGACGAUUAAAAGGGGGAAUGGUACUCGCGGUGAUGACUGGAUGGAUAGGGGAGCCAGUCGAGCGGAGACGGCUUCUGGGUCGACUCUAGGGACUGGGAUGGGGGCUCCAGCUUGGUUGACUGUUCGGUCUGGUGUCAAGGUGGAGAGGAUUAGUGAUGUUGAUACUGCUCAGGUUGAUCCGUUGAAGUUAUGUCGUUUUCUCAUGAAUACUGCUAUAUCUCGUGGCGUUAAGCUUCAUCAUCCGGCUAGGGCUACUUCACUCGUCACAGACGAGAGCGGCACUAUUACUGGUGUCAGAAUCGUUGACCUCAUCUCACGAGAAGAGUCCAUGAUCCCGUGUACCCAUCUUGUUAUCUGUGCGGGGGCUUGGACGUCGCGUGUCUUCGGGGAGCUUUUUCCUUCCGCUCAGAUCUCCAUCCCCGUCUCGCAGUUGGCUGGAUAUUCUCUCGUCCUUCGUUCUCCGAGACAUACCCUAGAACACGAGAAACAGACAUACAGAGGCCGGUGUCAUGCUAUCUUUAGCGAGAACCCUUUCUCCUGUGGCUUCAGCCCGGAGAUCUUCUCGCGACAGGGCGGCGAGAUCUAUAUUGCUGGUCUGAAUGAUCCGGAUAUGCCGCUGCCGGGUCGGGCAGAGGAGUCUCGCAGUUCGAUUGAUCGGGAUGAGAUGAAGAGGUUAGAGGCAGUGUCAGUUCAGUUAAUGGGUAGGAUAAUGGAUGAAGGUGCAGCAGUCACUGAGAUACGCAAUACGAAUGACCUGGAGGUUCUUCGUGAGGGGUUGUGUUUCCGUCCUGUUUCCGAUCGAGGAACACCUGUUGUGUGCAAGGUAGAUGAUGAUUUGCUGGGGAAUGGAGUAAGGACUACUGGACACGGCGGUGUUUUUGUGGCUGCUGGACAUGGUCCUUGGGGGAUCUCUUUGUCAUUGGGGACUGGAAGGGUCGUGGCAGAUAUGGUGGAGGGUGUGCAGCCGAGGGCAGAUGUGAUACCUUGGAUGUUCGGGAUAUUCAAGGUUCGAAAUUUAUUUUUGUCUAGUUUCAUAAGUUCAAAACUUUCACACAGUUUUCCAUAA